UGACCACCACUCCUAAAUGUCACUUGACUUUGGCCAUGUCACUCCCCCCACCACCCUUACGAGAUAAAUAAUAGUACAAUGAAACAGACUAAGAUUUGGGAUUGAGUUGAAAUGAAGCACAAAGCUGCAUUUCAACACAUUUCAAGUGUUUCUAUGGAUUCACGUCGGCAGUCAGUAUUGACUUUUGUUUACAUGUAUUUCUUUCACCUAGCUUUUAUUGAUCAAUUGAUACUGUGGUAGUGACGAUCCUUUCUGCUGGCUUGCCUUUGAAAUCAAGUGGAUGAGCCUGCAGGGGGCGGAGCCUGUGUCAGUAGAGGCGUCAUUGUGUGAGGAUGCAGAGGAGAGAGGGAGGAGGAGGAGGAGGAAGGCUGGAGCGAGCUAACAAAGACCGGGAGGCCAGGAAGGAGAGACAAAGAGGAGGUGGCGACAACUCUUUCUUCAUGUGGGGGAGGAGAGGGGGAGUAUUAAGCGGCUGAUCUGCAACACGCGCACCAUAUAGACACACCAAACACACACGCCGAUCAGCAGCAUCAUCAUCAUCAUCACCGGCGGCGGCCAGCCAGAGACAAAGAGACCAGGCGGUGGGGGUGGGGGGGAGAGGAGAGGAGGGCCGGACGGGAGGAGGGACAGACGCACGGCCUUCAUCACCUCCAGUGGUGUUCGUGAUGGCCCGCCACAUGUUCCUGCUGCUGUGUGUGUGCUGAGUGUGUGUGUUGGCCAUACCAGUGUGUGUGUGUGUGUGUGUGUGUGUGUGUCUGAUGGGGAACACGGAGAGCAUGGAGAGCCAGCUGGCCGUGAUCCGGUCCAGAGCCGCACCGGUCCGACUCCCGAUGCCUGACGCCGCCGAGCUGGAGGAGAGGUUUUCGAUCGCCCUGAAUUCCAUGAACCUUCCUCCGGAUAAGGUGCGUCUGCUGCGUUCCUACGACAACGACAAGAAGUGGGAGCUGAUCUGUGAUCAGGAGAGAUUCCAAGUGAAGAACCCCCCGCACACGUACAUCCAGAAGCUGCGAGGAUUCCUUGACCCAGCCGUCACACGCAAGAAGUUCAGGAGGCGGGUCCAGGAGUCGACGCAGACGCUCCGAGAGCUUGAGAUUUCUCUUCGCACAAACCACAUCGGAUGGGUCAGGGAGUUUCUAAACGAGGAGAACCGAGGUCUGGAUGUUCUGGUUGAGUAUUUGUCCUUGGCGCAGUAUGCUGUCACCUUCGACGGCGAGCAGUCCGAGUCUGGAGGAGACGCGGCUUCCAUCGACUCUCCGUGGAGUCGCUCCAUUGAGGAUCUCCAUGGUGACUGCAGCCUCCCGUCCCCGUCCUCCUCUGUACCCAGAGCGGCACGACACUCCAUCAGCAGCUCCACGUUGGUGGCCCGCUCCAACACGCUGCCCAGCAGUCGCACGCUGAAGAACUCCAGACUGGUAUGCAAGAAAGACGACGUCCACGUGUGCAUCAUGUGUCUGCGAGCCGUCAUGAACUACCAGUACGGGUUCAACAUGGUGAUGUCUCAUCCGCAUGCUGUCAACGAAAUCGCUCUCAGCCUCAACAACCGGAACGCCAGGACCAAGGCUCUUGUGUUGGAACUACUGGCGGCCGUGUGUUUGGUCCGAGGAGGACACGAGAUCAUCUUGUCUGCCUUCGACAACUUCAAAACGGUAUGCUCAGAGUCCAUGCGUUUUGAGAAACUGAUGGAGCAUUUCAAGAAUGAAGACGACAACAUUGACUUCUUGGUGGCCUGCAUGCAGUUUAUCAACAUUGUGGUCCACUCAGUGGAAGACAUGAACUUCAGGGUCCACCUGCAGUACGACUUCACCAAACUCAACCUGGAUGAGCACCUGGAGAGGCUGAAGCACACGGAGAGCGACAGGCUCCAGGUGCAGAUUCAGGCGUACCUGGACAACGUGUUUGAUGUGGGGACCCUGCUGGAGGAUGCAGAGACCAAAACAGCUGCACUGGAAAGGGUGGAAGAGCUGGAGGAGAACCUGAGCACCAUGUCAGAGCGUCUGCUUGACGUGGAAAACGAAGCCAUGCUGAAGAUCGUGGAACUGGAGAAGCAGCUGAUGCAAACCAACAAGGAGUUGGACCACCUCCGGGAAGUGUAUGCCAGCGCCAACACACAGGUACACACGCUGCGGCGGAUCGUUCGCGAGAAGGACCAGACCAUCCGUCGCCAAAGUCGUCUGGAGCGUCAGGCCCAGGAGGCCCAGCAAGCAGGAGGUCCUGGAGCUCCUCAACCCCAAAGAGGAGAGGGUGACGGGGGCGUGGUGAAUUCUGCCUCUCCCUCACCUCCUCCUUGUCCCAAUCUCUCCCCCAGCCCUGAGAUGGUAACCUAUCAUAACACGGGACCAGGAGUGGGCGGAGCUCCAGAUAGGCCGGCCCCACCCGCACCCCCACCUCCACCACCAAUGCCAGCUUCAGUGUCCAACGGGGUGUACCCUGCCCCUCCCCACCCUGCUCCUCCUCUUCCCCCGCCACCUCCGCCCCCCCCUCCAUGUCGCACCAGCGAGCUCUCGUCCACCCUCCCCAUGCCGCCGCCUCCUCCCCCGGUGGCCCCCCCUCUGCCGGGCUCAGGGGGGUCGCCCACCGUCAUCUUCAACUCUGGGCUGGCAGAGGGACCACUCAAGUUAUUCUCGGUGAAGAUCAAGAAGCCCAUCCAGACCAAGUUUCGGAUGCCGGUGCUGAAUUGGGUUGCUCUGAAGCCGAGUCAGAUCAACGGCACGGUCUUUAACGACAUUGACGAUGAAGCCAUCCUGCAGGAUUUGGAUGUGGAGGCGUUUGAGGAGCUGUUUAAGACAAAGGCUCAGGGUCCAGCCAUGGAUUUAACUCUGUCCAGACACAAGCUUCCUCAGAAGGCUCCGUCCAGAGUUUCUCUCCUGGAUGCCAACCGGGCCAAGAACCUGGCUAUCACGCUGAGGAAGGCCGGCCAGGGUCCAGAGGUCAUCUGCCGCGCCAUCCACACGUUUGAUCUGCGGAGCGUUCGAGUGGACUUUGUGGAGUGCCUGAUGCGCUUCCUGCCGACAGAAGCCGAGGUGAAGCUUCUGCGCCAAUACGAGAGAGACCGCAAGCCUUUGGAGGCGCUGAGUGACGAAGACAGCUUCAUGAUCCACUUCAGCCGCAUUGAAAGACUCAACCAGCGCAUGUCCAUCAUGACCUUCAUGGGCAACUUCAGCGACAACGUGCAGCUGCUCACACCGCAACUCCACGCCAUCAUCGCUGCGUCUGUUUCCAUUAAAUCAUCUCAGAAGCUCAAGAAGAUACUUGAGAUCAUCUUAGCGCUUGGGAAUUACAUGAACAGCAGUAAGAGAGGUGCUGUGUAUGGAUUCAAACUACAGAGCUUAGACCUGCUCCUGGAGACCAAGUCUACGGACAGAACGCAGACGUUGCUUCACUACAUCGCCAACGUGGUGAGAGAGAAAUAUCCUGCGGUGGCGCUCUUCUACAACGAGCUUCACUACGUGGACAAGGCGGCUGCAGUGAGUCUGGAGAAUGUGUUGUGCGACGUGAAGGACCUGCAGCGAGGGAUGGAACUCACCUGGCGGGAAUUCAGCAUGCAGCACAACUCCACCUUGAAAGACUUCAUCAGCAGGAACGAAUCACGACUCAACAAACUUCAGGAGGAUGCGCGCAUCGCCCAGGACGCGUUUGAAGACGUGGUGAAAUUCUUUGGAGAGAGCUCCAAGACCAUGCCGCCAUCCGUCUUCUUCCCCGUCUUUGUUCGUUUCAUCAAAGCUUACAGGCUGGCUGAGGAGGACAAUGAGCAGCGACGGCGUCAGGAGCAAAUGAUGUUGGAGAAACUGGAACAGGAGGAGCAGCAGCAGCAGGAUGAAGAAACCAAGUCGCCGUCCCAUAAGGGCAAGCGGCAGCAGCAGGAGCUUUUAAGCGAGCUGAGACGACGACAAGGGAAGGACAGCCGCCACGUUUACGAGGGGAAGGACGGCGCCAUCGAGGACAUCAUCACCGCCCUGAAGACCGGCCCCUUCACGGCUCGAUCGGCCAAACGUAGCUCACGCUUCUUCUGCGACCCCGCCCACAGCGAAGAACACUACUGAGGAUGGGCGAGGCUGUGGCCGUUCCUGGCAACAAUCAGCACUUUGAACCUUUUGCCGUCUCAAUGGUCAGCUUGUUGGCGCAUCACGUGUUCCACUGCAUUGCAUCGAUAAGCACACAGGAAGCCACCUUGGCUUUUUCACAGUAAAAGUCCCGAAAGGGGAGUUUAGCUGAAAGAAACAGGGUUCUACUUUCUUCUACUCAUCACCAAGCACAUUCCACCUCUUGUCUUUGUAAAUUCUCCUUUCUGACCACUUUUACUGCAACUUCCCUGACUUGGUGGAGUCUUUCCACUCUUAUUUGGUAGUCCUUCCUGCCAUAAUUUCGAUUACACUAUUACACUAAUCCCUCGCUAUAUGGCGGUUCUUCCAAUAAUAAUGAAUAAAUGAUGGCUGUUUCGUGGUGGACUACGGUCUAUUAUUAGUCAACUAAUAUUGAACGAUAAGUUAUAUGUGGUGUUAUGGUCAUGUUGUGAGAUGACGUUGACCUGCCACACUCGACGGAGACUGGCUACUAAGCUAGCAUAGCUGAGCCGACGUGUUAGGGCUGAGAUGGACUAAAAAAGGUUCUCCUCUCAUUCCGUCUGGAAGUUGUUAGUUUUUGUCUCCCUUUUCCUCUCCUCCACUCCAUUUGAACACUUUUCUAAAUUUAGAAUAAAUAAAUUGCCGAGGCUAGCUAGUUAGCUCGCUAGCUUGCUAUGCUACCGGCGGCCGUCUGUUAUGUCCACUGAUCUGUACGAAAAAAAUCUGGAUAUCCCAUUAGUCAAUGACUUGUGAAGCCACGCGGCCGCCAUAUUACCACUCCCAAGAAACACUUGUCGGACAAUGACUUAUGUGAGAACUUGUGAGUUGUUAAGUGUGUUGUUAGUUUGUUAGCCACUAGACUAACCUUGCACAACAGGUGUGCUUGAGCUUAGUCAUAAGGACUCGGGUAUGAUCAUUUUUAAAAACUCUGUCCAUAUCAUACCAUACCUGAGUCAUAAGGGCUUUACAUGGGAGGCCGUGGGGGCUAUGUAAACAAACAACCACCACUAGACUACUAAAUCAUUUGCGCUUGCUUGCAAAUAUAUAAAAGUACGUUGUUUUUUUUUUUGUUUACUCGAAUUUCAAAUGAUGCCCCAUAUGGAGACAAUGUUUAUAUAUUAUUACAUAUUAUAUUACAUAUUAUUCCUGUGGUUUUUGUUCAAAUAUAUUUCUAAAUCAGAAAAGAUCUUAUUUCUAUUUCAUAACACAAACAAAAAAAAUCAUCAAAAUGUGAAAUGAUUUUAAAACUUGUCUCUUUUAUGAUUCAUAUUUUGUACAGAAGAGAGCAUAGUGAAUUGUAUGAAAGUAAGAAUAUAAAAGUAAAGCAUCAUGACCAUGGAUUUUAGUGGAAAAAAGGGAUGGGUUAUGCAGUUCAAAUGAAAAUCUCUUUCUAGAGGAGUAAAACUAUCAUUGCUAUAGGGGAGUGCUGAGCCAGGGUGCACAGUAGAAUUUUGUCCCAAAGGCAAUGAGAAUUGGAAGGGAAAACGUACAUUUAAUAUAGCAAAAGAUAGAGAAUAACACAGGGGUCACCAAUGUUUUUUCUUGUGAGAGCUACUUUUAGAAAAUGAAAAUGGCCAUGGGCUACUCAUUUUUGUAGAAAUGAUUUUCAUAGCUUAUUUCAACCCAAACAGAUCAAAUAUGCUUGUUUUACCAAAACAUUCACAAAAUGCUGGUAUCCACAACUCACAUUUUAUGUUUCACAAUACUUUUCUUUCUAGAGCUCUCACAUUAUUAACUGAAAACCUGAAUGAAAAGCAGGCUUGCGGGCACCUCAUGUGGUCGUGGGGGGCUACCUGGUGCCCACGGGCACCACGUUGGUGACCCCUGGAAUAACGUAUCAAAUGGUUUUUAAGGGACGAAGGUUGCGUUACUUGAAGGAAUGGGAGAAUCUCCCCGCUUCUUAACGUAAAAUAUAGAUGUUCUGCGAGCCUCUUCAUCUGCUUUGUACACUAUGUACGCUGUGCCAAUGUAGUCUGCUACGUACGACAUGUGAGUGGUAAGAUGGCCUCUCUGUGGCUUCAGCGGCUUGCACGGGCGGGUGCGACGUAUGGUCUAUCCAGAUUUUUUUCGUACAGAUCAGUGGUUUACUUCUGUGAUCCCAUAGCCUGAGCAAUGCAAUGUGACCAGUAAGUAAUACGAGCAUCUACGGGGCUAUAAUAACGUGACAACCCCCGUCUUUACAAAGCCCUACAUAUAUUCUCCGCUACGUUUAGCACUAAAUUAAGGUUAGAAGGAGUAAAUUGGAGCGGCUAACUGCUUAGCUUGCUAUGCUAGUGGCGCCAUCUGUUAUGACCCUUCAGGGAUCCCGUAGCUUGAGCAAUGUGACGUAAACAAUGAAUAGUAGAAGUGUAAAAGUGACUAUUGGGUGCUAUUUCGAGGCUACAGGGCUCUAAUAAUGCCAAAACCCAGUGUUUAGUACUUUAGAAAGACAUAAACAAGUCCCCACUCCGUUAGAAAAAGGUUUUGAAAUAAAUAAACCUGGCGAGCUAACUCUUUAGCGUGCUUUGCUAGCGGUGGCCGUGUAUUUUGUCCCUGCAGUGAUCCCGUAAUUUGACUAUUGGGGCGUUAUUUUAUAACUACAGGGAUCUAAUCAUUUUAAAUCCCUCAUUUAAAAAGUCACAAACCGGUCCCCCACUCUGUUUAAAACACUUUCUUGACUUUAGAAUACGUAAAUUGGCGAGGCUUAGUAGUAGUAGUAGUGGUAGUAAUAGUAGUUCUUUUUUUGAAGUGGUAACAAAACAAAAUAAAGUUGUCAUUUGUAGAAAAAUACAUUUGGGGGGGAAGGUUUUAAUGUUGUAAUGGCAGCUGAAUAACUGCACGUCAGGAUGGCUAUAUUCAGUUGGCCAUUUAUUUUCAUCAGUACAAAAACACUUACAGAUGCAGGAGCACUUAGCUACACAUGUAUGUAAAACAGCAACACUUUGUUAACCUGUCAGGGUUUUCAGCUCCGAACCGUGGUAAGGGCGACCUGACUUCAGCAAAGAAGGAAAACCUCUCUUGUUGCUUCUGACAACUUUUAUUGUUAACGCGACCGCUGGAGAGCGGCUCCGAACACACCACACCCAGUCUCCUCCCUCUCCCGGCCAAAGGUCAUACAAGCCCCCACUACAUAGCUGUCCAGGCGAUGCCCGUAACACUACCCCCACUCUGGAUGAUGAUUAGUCCCUUAACAUACUCCAGGACACUUUAGCAUCACCUGUAUUUAUACACUUCCCUAAAACCAUCCACCUUUUUCACAACCCUGGAAAUAACCAUACAAUGAAAAUAGAAAGGCAAAGGAAAGGUCCCUAACUUGUCCAUAGCAUGUGUUGCUUAUCUAUUCCUUUUACAAUACUUCAAAAAGGAGAGAACAUAUACGUACACUGAGUGAUCUUAGGUGUGCACACAACAAAGAAUGCAAGACAAAGGCAUUUCAAUCACAACUUACAUUUUUUUUUUUUUUUUUUUAACAUGCCUUUCAACAAAGUGCAAAUGCAACAUCCCUCAGGAACUCUUUUCCUCUGAGGGGGGCAGCGAUCCGCCUACACCCCUCCUCAGGCUAUAUAUACACUUAGGUGGACAGGCGAACCCAAUCCCCAAGCCAGCUGGGUGGCCUGCGGGCCCUCCGGCCCCUUCGUGCCAGUGUAGCCGGGCUGCCAGUGUAUCCGCAGGUCCCGGCUAUACUGCGUUGUGUUCUGGUGCACGAUGAAGGGACACAGAGAUGGCUUUGGAACAGGAGUUUAUUCCUGCAGUAUGGUGGAAUCUGCAGUGUGGUGGAAUAUACAAUGAGGACAUGCACGUGAGCUCCUCAACAGCAACAGGCCUGUCAGCCAGCACAAACAUGGACUCAAAAUGUAAAGAAAGUAAAGUAAAUAACAAAGGUCAUGAAAUGACAUGAAAUAAAUACAAUACAUAACAAUAAUGUAAUUCCAUUAACUUAAAUACACAUAACUGAAGCACAAGAAACGGAAUAAAAGAAAUAAAUCAUUCAAUGUAAAACAAUAUACCUGCAGUGUGGUGGAAUAAACAAUGAGGACAUGCACGUGAGCUCCUCAACAGCAACGGGCCUAUACAAGAACAAGGCACAUUCAGCACAAUGCACGCUCACGCACACCCCACCCCCAAUAAGAGAAAAACGUGGCUGAUAGCUAAUUAGUUAGCUUGCUCUCCCACAGUCAAAAACACCCCCAAAACCACACUACACGACAUAUUAUUAAAGAAACAUAAAUAAGUAACAACAGGGGUCCCAUUAGGUUAAUAUAAAGCAAUAUUUUAACCACUGAAAUGUUAUUACAAAACUUAGUUGCUCCCACACCAACGUACCUGUCAGCCAGCACAAACAUGGACUGACUGACGACGUGAGCAACAGUAUGACAUCCCCUGAGCCUUCAAAAUAAAAGCUCAUACCAUGGCAAAGGAAAUACGAAAAUAAAGUUACAGAUGUUAAAUUAUAACUUAAGAAGAAACCAAAACAAAUCACAAAGUAGGGAUUUUGGAGAAAUUAACCCAUAAACAAAAACAUUACAGACAUGAUAAUACAUGUUUUUUUCCGCAUCUGUUACAUUCACCCCUCCUUAAUUUCGCCAAAAUCCUAAACAUUUUAAGAUAACAGCAUGCAAUAAAUCAACCCAUAUCACGGGAUACAAUGUUCACACAUACCCAAACCAAGAUGACCUCUGCAAUCACAGUCCUUAAUACAGCAUAGAAAGCUACUUACUAAAUAAGCUCAGAGAGAACAGGAGUUGAUCAGGCUGCUGUUUCUCCUAGUGAAUGUGGAGCCUUUUACUCCACAUAAGAUCUUGGCACUAAAUACCACUGUCGUGAACAUGUCACCACCAAACAAAGUACAAAACUACAGUAUUGCCAUGGGUUUAUAGCCAUAUCAGAACAAAUUCAACAAGGAUUGAGAUUUCCUACUAAACCCCUCCACUAAACCCUUGGAAAGUGGCUUCUGCACCAUAUUCUCUAUCAAUCUGUUAACUGCUUUAACAACCCUGCCCGUACGUGUCCUAACAACACGACCCUCAGGCCCUGAAUCUUGGGCUGGUGGAAGACCACCACUCACUGUUGCGGGCAAGAUGUCACAAGACCCUGUCUCUCUCAUGUUAGGGACUCCUGUCAAGGGGCCCUUAUAAUCAAUGACUACCUGUGACUCCGAAAAUCCACUAGGACUGGGUGAGUCUUUCAACGAUGAGACCUCCUCACUUUGUCCCACGCUCCUGUCAACUACAGAGUCGGUCUGGGAGUCUUCGCACAUCAUGUGACCAGCGUCUCUGAUUGGAAAACAUGACAUGUCAUUCUCUUGUUCUGACUCCAUUUCCUCUUCUAGUGACUCACUGUCAGCAUUAGAUGACCAUCGCAGCCAUGAUCGAGUCCUAUCCACAGAGUUUUCUUCUGCCAGACCAUUCAAAGUGCUGGGUGGCCUAUACGGAGACCCACCGUUCCCAUCUAAGGCAACUGACUCAGCUUCUGCACUGGUCUGGUUAGGGAAUGGUAAAAAGCUCACGUCCAGUAUCAAGUUCCGAUGCACAACUUUGGUCUUCCCAGUCACAUCUUCGAUUCUGUAGAUAUGGGUUUGGGGAUUGCAAUCAAUGAUUGUAUAAAUUGUUGGUUCCCACUUAUCAGCCAACUUCUUUUUUCCCCUUUCUGCUUUGUUGGCAAGCAAGACUCUAUCUCCAACAUGCAGACAAGUGCCCCGGACCCUUUUGUUGUAACCAUCAGCUUGAUGUAGCUGCUCUUUUCGUGCAUGUCUCUGGGCAAUAGCAGCAGCUUCAUGAAGAUUUGUCAUAAGUUUGCUGGCAUAAGAUCUGCUGUCAACCACAUUGGCAUCCUUCAAUACCUGCUUGAAGACCAUGUCGACUGGGAGUCUCGGAACUCGACCAAACAUCAAAUAAAAUGGAGCAUAUCCAGUUGUUUCAUGCACUGUGGCAUUGUAAGCAAAAGUCAAGGUUUGUAUCUGCUGUGCCCAAUGCUGUUUGGCUGCUAAUGGCAAGCAACGUAUCAUACUGCCAAGCGUUCUAUUGAACCUCUCAGUUUGUCCGUUUCCCAUGGGGUGAUAUGCUGUUGUAUGUGACUUUGCCACCCCUGUAAGAUUGAAAAGUUCUGAUAUGAGAUUGCUUUCAAAAUUGGCUCCCUGAUCAGAAUGGAUCCGCUCGGGAAAACCAUAUAUGCAAAACACAUUAUCCCACAACUUCUUUGCAACUUGUUUUGCCGUCUGAUUUACACAGGGGAAAGCAUGGGCCAUCUUAGUAAAGUGGUCCGUUACUACCAGAACAUCCACUGAUCUCUGUUUGCUGUCCUCAGCGCUCCAAAAAUCUAUACACACCAACUCCAUGGGUGCGGAAGUGUGGAUGCUCUCCAAAGGAGCCCGUGCAGCUGGUUCAGGGGUUUUAGCGAGAAUACAUCGCUGGCAGCAUUUCACAUAUUCUUUAAUGUCUCUUUCCAUUUGCGGCCAGAAAAAACGUUGUCUGGCGAGGUGUAGGGUCCUGGCUUGCCCUUGAUGACCUGCAAGGUCAUGCACACCAGAGAGAGCCUUGGUCUUCCAAAUAGCAGGUAGGACAAACUGGUACCUUGUGUGUCUGGUCAAUGGAUCUCUGAUGAGUCUAUACAGGACGCCAUCUUGGAUUUUCAGAUGGUGCCACUGCUUACAUAGUGCUCGUGCCUUAGGAGCUAACCUACUUCUCUCCCUCCUAGAUGGCUGUUUUCCGCGCGCCACAGAUAGCAGGACCUCCUGGAUGUCUGGAUCUGUCUCCUGACUGCGCCUGAGCUCUUCUGAGGACAGAGCUGACAGUGUGUCAUGUCCUGAGGGCACCAUCUGGGGAAGAGCCUUGAUAAACUGAACGGCCCGCGUUUCUGCGGCCUUUUCCCAGUCAAUGUGAGCCUCGAGCAUGGACUUUACAUCAGACGAAGUGACACCCAGGGUGACAUGACCAGAAUCAUCUGUCUGAAGACACUGAACUUUGCACCGAAAAACAUCCUGCACUCCUCCUUCCUUUGUCCCAUUAGCCUCUGCCAAGAGGUUCUCAUAUGACUCACUGAUCAGCCUUUGACUCACUGACCGGGUAAAUGGAUCUCUACUUAAAGCAUCUGCCACGAUAUUCUUUGUUCCGGGGAUAUGCUUGAUACUAAAGGUGUAUGGGGACAACUUGGCCACCCACCGUUGUUCGCACGCAUCGAGUUUCGGUUUCGUCAUUAUGUACGUCAGAGGGUUAUUAUCAGUCCAUACUGUAAAACAGUGACCCUUCAACCAAUGGCCGAAUUUUUCACAAACACUCCACUUCAAUGCUAAAAAUUCUAAGCGGUGGGCAGGGUACCUCUUUUGUGAGCCAGUGAGGGUCUUGCUUGCAAAGGCUAUUGGACGAGCCUUGGUCUCUCCCUCCGGUAUCUGAGACAAAACUGCCCCAAGACCAUCGAGCGAGGCAUCGAUGGACAGGAUCAGCGGUUUAGUGAAGUCUGGGUGAGUGAGGACUACACAGUUCAAAAGCUUCUCUUUGAGACUGACAAAGGCAGAGUUGCAAUCAUCAGUCCAGUCAGCCGGUUUAAGCUUUCUGAAGACUCCUGACUUUCCAUUUAUUUUACCAACCUUUCCCCUCCGUUUUUGACCUGCGGUGAGAGCAAACAGAGGCUUUGCAAUUGAAGAGCAGUUUGGUAUGAAGUGUUGGUAGUAAAAUACCAUCCCUAGAAAUGACUUUACUCUUCGAAUUGAAGGUGUGCAUCCAUCAUCCUCCAUCAAAUCUUUCUUUGCCAUUUUGACAAUGACUUCCACUUUAUCAGGAUCAACAGCGACUCCAUCUCCAUCAAUGACGUGGCCAAGGAAUUUCACAGACCUUCGGAGCAGGUGACAUUUUUUUGGGCUCAACUUAAGGUUGUGCUCUCUUAAUCUCUGGAAGACGAUCUCCAGCCUCAUGAGUGCUUCUUGUUCCGAUGGGGCAAAGACUAACAGAUCAUCAAGAUAACAUAGCAAACUGCUGAAGUUUAAGUCCCCAAAAAUGCUCAGCAUCAUUCUCAUAAAGGAUGCAGGACUAUUACAAAGGCCUUGCGGCAUCCUGUUAUAUUCAUGCAAGCCCAGUGGUGUUGUGAAGGCGGUAUACUUCUUGUCUUCCUCGUGCAUGGGCAGGUUAUAAAACCCUGAUGUUAAAUCCAUAGUGCUGAAGACAGAGUUCCCGCCAAGGGCAGCCAAACAGUCAGCCUGAUGUGGCAGAGGGUGAGCAUCCUUAAUGGUCCUUGCAUUCAGCCAUCGAAAAUCUGUGCAAAUUCGGAGGUCGCCAUUCUUUUUCCACACCAUCACUAGAGGGGAGGCAAAUUCACUCAAUGAUUUUCGAAUGAUUCCCUGCUCUUCCAUCUCAGUGAGGACUUGGCGCAGUUUUUGAUAAUGAGCUGGAGGGACUCUGCGGUAUGGGAGGCGGAAAGGACGGUCGUCUGUGAGUCGAAUUCUGUGCACAAAGCCCUUGGCUUCACCACAAUCCAGGGGAUGUUUUGAGAAAACAUCCUCAUAUCGCUCCAGCAUUUCCAGCAGUUGAGUUUUAGUAGAGUGGCUCACCUGGCAACUAUCAACAUCAACAUCUCCCAAGCCAAGGUUCUUCAACUUCUGUUUCGGGUCAGUAGUAGCAGUACUUAUGUUGUUUUGAUCAUGCUUUACUUCAUCUGUGUCCUUCUUUCCCUGACAAGAGCCUUGAAACAGUGUGAAGUCUUCAGCGGCAAUGCAUGGAGAAACAUCUGCUAUCUUACAGUUUCUUUUCAAAGUGACGGGUUUUUCAGUGAUAUUGGUCACUUUCAUGGGAGUCCAACCAUCUCCCCACAAAGGUGUGACCACUCUGCCAAUAACAAUGCCUCGCGGGACACACUUAGCAGUUGUGUGUUCCACCACCACCGUGCUACCAGGUGACAUUGGGACAUUACUGGGCAACCGACCCCACAACAGGUAUUCCUGUUUAGGCUGUAGUGUUACUGCCUGGGUCAACUUAACUGUGCCCACUUUAUCUGGUACAUCAGUCCCUCUCCACCUUGUCAGGUUAGCCAUCAUCUCCAGAAACUGCUCACACUCUGCAGACUCCUGUACAUUGCAAGAGAUAAGUUUCCAAUAAUCAUCAUCGUUCUUCAUUUGAUGGACUACAUACUUCAACAUGUUAGUGCCUAUGAUGAUCUCAUCUUUCUGUCCCGCAACUACCAGGACUGGAACCAUGCACUUAACUCCAUACAAUUCCACUUCCAAGUCAUACAUGCCCUUUGGAGUCACCUGUACUCCCCCACAGCCGACAAGGAUAACACGCUGUGUCAUUUCUUGCUGUUGCGUCAGGAUGUUCUCUGAUACAAGUUUCUGUUCUGCCACUUCACUUAUUGUGCAAGCCAUUGAUCCAGAAUCAAGCAGUCCUCGCAACUGAACAGAACCAUUGAUUGUCACUGCAGCAUGAAAUAACUCGCCAUACGGGUCAACUCUGUGGAUGUUUUGAACUAUGACUGUGCAAUCAUUUGGUAUCAUUUUACAUACAUUGGCAUACACUUCCUUCAAAUCUUCAACACAUUUGAGGGUUGUUUCUUUGGUGCUCACACGUCCCCUCUCUAUAUGUGAGCCAUGUGGUUUAAAGAUGACGCACCUUGUCCAUCUCUGGGUUGAGACUGAGUCAGAUUGGGUAGGCCGUUCUGUCUUGACCUACGCUGUCGGCAUUCUCGCUUCCAGUGACCUGGUCUGAAACAGCUCAUGCAAAGGUUUUCCUGCCUGCAAUGCAUUGUGGUGGAAUGAUCCAUGGCCUGGCAGACUUUACAAAUCCUUUGAAAGACACGUGAUUGUUCCCUUCUAGGUUCUGUGGCCACUACUGUAUGGACUUUCUGCUCCAACACACGAUCCAGCAAGCCGAUGAGUGACUGAAUGCAAGUAUUCCCUGCUGGAGAAGUGGACGACAGCCCUGUCGCAUUCUGUUCAACAGUGAACUCCCUCACCUUUUCGACAGUUACACCUUCCGGGGUUAAAAUCUGAGCAUGGGCCCCUACCUGCCUGUGCGGUGAUGGGCGACGCAUUUUACCUUGGGUCUUUGUUUUGGCCUCUCUCUGAUGUUCUAUGAGGUGUUCCUGUAUCUCAUGUGAUGUCCAUUUCUCUGCUGUUCUACACUUGAGAACACUUGAGAGUGCAGUGUCAGGACAGUGUUUUACAAACAUCAUGGUGACUUCAUGAGCAGGGUCCUCAAUAUUCCUACCCUGUCUCCUUAGACACUCAUCAGCCACAUCCACUGCUUUGUUCAGGCGGAUCCAAUAAUCCAUUGGACCUUCUCCUGCCAGAGGUAAUGUGUUGUAAAAAUCUGCAAGGGGCAUUGUCGAAUAUGUUACCUCACUGAAAUGCUGCUUAAGAAUAUCAAAAACAAGCUUGGGGUCUUCAGCAGGCUUUAAAGAAGGGAUACUGCGGAGUGUGACCUUUACAACAUCUCGAGCCUUUCCCAUCAGUUUCGACGUUACCUCUUGUGAGUGUUCAUGUGUUGGAAUGCCCCUUUUCCUCAAAUAGACAUCCAUAAUUUCUUCCCAUUCAUGUAUUGUGUGCUUAUCAGUUCCAUCACCCCUGAAAUGUGGUGGCUCUUUGACAUCAGCUUGCAUCACAAACUUCAUUCCAGUCAUAUUUAACUCAGGAUGGGCCUCGGCUAUAUUUGCACUAGAUGUGGGAGUACUUUUGUCAUUCUGACUACCUGCAGUCUUCUGUAUCUGAUUAGCAAUGUUCUCACCAAUUUGGUGGGCUAACUGUGUUAUAAGGCUUCCUAUGUCGGGGGAGUUGCUGCUUCCAUCAAACCACUGUUGCCUGGGAGGAGAUGCAUCAGUGUGCAUGUGGGUUAAACAUGGUGUACUGAGACCAACCACUCCAACUCCCCUCCCCAUGCCUGUAAAACUAGUGACAGACUUAGGUUCAUGCUGUCUUGGUGUGAGGCUAUCAUGGUUCGCGCGAGUGGAAGAUAAAACUGGGUGACCCACCAUACUAACACCCUUAAGUGGAGUUGCAUAACCUCCCAAACCCCGACCUCGCCCAAGACUUGUAUGAACACUGUCAUCAUAGGUAAGCAAUCCCUUACCAGCCUCACUGUCUGCCAUUGUAGCCAGUGUGUUCACUUUCAUCUAGUGACAAUAUAGAAAGGCAAAUGAAACUUAUUUUACAUACACACAAACAAAUUCGCUGAAUUCAGGUUCAUGGAAAAUAAAAAAUAUCAACAGUCCUCAGUGGCUUCAGUGUGUAAUCUAUAUAUACUUUUUUCCAAAAUCUUUACAGUGUCCCUACUGUACUUGUUCCAGCAACCACCGGUGAUCACUCUGACGAUGAUCUGAAGAGAAGAAAUCCGGGUCACGGCACCAAUGUAGCCGGGCUGCCAGUGUAUCCGCAGGUCCCGGCUAUACUGCGUUGUGUUCUGGUGCACGAUGAAGGGACACAGAGAUGGCUUUGGAACAGGAGUUUAUUCCUGCAGUAUGGUGGAAUCUGCAGUGUGGUGGAAUAUACAAUGAGGACAUGCACGUGAGCUCCUCAACAGCAACAGGCCUGUCAGCCAGCACAAACAUGGACUCAAAAUGUAAAGAAAGUAAAGUAAAUAACAAAGGUCAUGAAAUGACAUGAAAUAAAUACAAUACAUAACAAUAAUGCAAUUCCAUUAACUUAAAUACACAUAACUGAAGCACAAGAAACGGAAUAAAAGAAAUAAAUCAUUCAAUGUAAAACAAUAUACCUGCAGUGUGGUGGAAUAUACAAUGAGGACAUGCACGUGAGCUCCUCAACAGCAACAGGCCUAUACAAGAACAAGGCACAUUCAGCACAAUGCACGCUCACGCACACCCCACCCCCAAUAAGAGAAAAACGUGGCUGAUAGCUAAUUAGUUAGCUUGCUCUCCCACAGUCAAAAACACCCCCAAAACCACACUACACGACAUAUUAUUAAAGAAACAUAAAUAAGUAACAACAGGGGUCCCAUUAGGUUAAUAUAAAGCAAUAUUUUAACCACUGAAAUGUUAUUACAAAACUUAGUUGCUCCCACACCAACGUACCUGUCAGCCAGCACAAACAUGGACUGACUGACGACGUGAGCAACAGUAUGACAUCCCCUGAGCCUUCAAAAUAAAAGCUCAUACCAUGGCAAAGGAAAUACGAAAAUAAAGUUACAGAUGUUAAAUUAUAACUUAAGAAGAAACCAAAACAAAUCACAAAGUAGGGAUUUUGGAGAAAUUAACCCAUAAACAAAAACAUUACAGACAUGAUAAUACAUGUUUUUUUCCGCAUCUGUUACACCAGCAUGGGGGUCGCAGGAGGCUGUCCGACUUGCUGGUCGGGGGGGCGCGGGGUCACCGUCUUUGUCAGGGGAGCUGGAGACCGGCCACCAUUCCCCGCCACCAGUGACGACAAAUCUAGGUGAGAGCCCGGUGUAGCCCUGGCUGCUGAGGGUUCCCCGACGUCUGGUGGCGUAUCCCACAGGUCGACGGACCCGAGAUCAGGAACUGUGGAAUCUGUGUCAAGCAAAGGGGGUGGCACCUCCACCGGCGACCAGGCGUCCGCGUCUUUAUGGGCCCAAGAGUUGUCCAAUGGCGUCCGGGAAUUGUAGGGCUUUAACUUGUCAUGAUGCACCACUUUGGCCGUCGAUCUUGGACAUCUUUUGAUCCGAUAGACCAUGUCGUCCAGCACACCCACCACAAAGUAUGGGCCCUCGUAGGAGGGUAAGAAUUUCCGGACUUUAUUCCUCACUCUCUUAGUCCCCUUGAUGAGGUACCAAACUGCGUCAGCGAUUUUGUAUUGUGUUUGGCAUAUAUUCUUGUCAUAUUGCCUUUUAGCUCGUUCAACGGAUCUUCCAAGUGCUUCCCGAGCUAGUUGAUGAGAAAGCUCCAAACGCUCUCUGAGCUGCAUGACGUACUCAGGGAGUGUGUGAACAUUGACACCGUCCGGGGGCAGUCCAACAACCAAGUCAACAGGCUCAGUUAUUUCUUUCCCAAAGAGCAUCAUGUUUGGGGUGAGGCCCGUGGAACUGUGGCGGGUGGCUCGAUAUGCCAUAACGGCAUAAGGGAUCAUCAAAUCCCAGUCCCAAUGGCAGCGCUCAGCAGUGGCGGCCAAUAUUUUCUGCAAGGUGGCAUUAAAGCGCUCCACUUGACCAUCUGACUGGGGCCGAAAUGCAGUGGUGUGUGUCUUCUCAAUUCCUAGCAGUCCACACAUCUCCUGGAACACCGCUGACUCGAAGUUGGUGCCUUGGUCACUGUGUAGGCUAUGAGGAGCACCAUACCUACACACCCACUCAGCUGCAAUUCGUUCCGCAACAGUCACUGCUUGUUCAUCGGGUAGCGGGUAGGCCUCCACCCACUUACUGAAGUAAUCUUGUACUACCAAUAUGUAACGGUUGUGCCGCUCUGUCUCAUUUAAGGGGCCCAUCAAAUCAACUGCCACCCGUUCCAUAGGGGAACCCACCCUCACAGUUCCCAUGGCCGCUUGGGGUGUCUUUUUGGGCCGAGCCUUGGCGGCACAGCUGGUACAGGUUCGGCACCACAUAGUAACAUCGUCUUUCAUGUUGUACCAGUAAAAUCUAGUCUGUAGCCUGGCCAGUGUCUUUUCUACCCCAAAAUGCCCUCCAACAGGACCGUCAUGCAUUUGCCCCAUAAUGUCAUUACGGAAUGCGCGGGGUAGCAGAAUCUGGGGAUAGAACUCUUUCCCCUCAUAGCAAUAAUAUCGCCUCAUCACAACUCCUUCUGUCUGAUACAGUCUUUUCCAUUGCGCCCAAUAGGCCUUGGUGGCUGAGCUAAGGUGAGCUAAUUCAGCCCAUGGUGGCCGACUGCUUCCCCCUUCCAACCACUGUGUCAAUGGCCCAAUAUCUAGGUCUGUCUUCUGUGCAUCCACCACUUGCUCCGGGGUCCAACCGCGGAACAGGGUGUCGGGUGACUGCUCCCCCACACGGUGGACCCCGGGACCUGAUUGAUCGUGACCAUCAACGCAAGGGGAAGUACAUGGCAAUACGGUGUUUGUUUUGGGAGACGUCUUAUCAUAGCUAACUUCAACAACCCCCACUACUCCAAGCUGUGGCCACACCCAGUCUCCUCCCUCUCCCGGCCAAAGGUCAUACAAGCCCCCACUACAUAGCUGUCCAGGCGAUGCCCGUAACAACUUCCUUCACUCUUAAUAUACGCCUUUUUUCUCCAAACGCUUGCUCCAACCAACAUGCUGAACCCGACUGCCCCCUAUAGCUCACACACCAAAACCACAGCUCGGAGCAACACAAUAUACCCGUCGCUACAAUAUUUUGGGAAUAAAGUCAAGAAUAUUACAGGAAGGACAUUUCCAAAGAUUAUUUUAGAAGAAAGUUGAAAUAUUUGGACAAUGAAACAAUAAAAAAAAAAAAAAAUUAAGUAGAUCUGAAAAAUAUCUUUUCUCAGCUACAUGAUGCGCUUGUUCGCAUGUCAGCAUGUUGCUAGCCAAGCUUUGACAUCACGGGCGUGUGUAGGACACAAGAAGAAUAAAACUGUGGAAUGGGAAGUCAGUCAAGUUGGAACGUGAUAGGGGGAGUAAAGGUGUGCUAGUGUAACCCAGCUGUGUUUUUGUGCGAUUAAAAGAAAUGUUAUUUUUCUAUAGGUAAUGUUCAGGGAUUAAUGCCACUGUCGUUAUCAGUUAAAUAAGGUGUUACUAAAUUUUAUACAUUCGUUGUUUUAUUCUAAUUGUAUGUGAUUGUCUUUAUAAGAAAUGGACAUCUUUACGACAGUCUUGCGACAGUCGUUAAUUGGUUACCAUGGUGCCCUAGUGAGCGCUGUAGGCUCGCACAUGGUCAAAGUGUGUAGGAGAGCCACCUGUGUGUGCCAGGCCUGUCUGCUCAAUCCAUCACUGCAUGACUUUAUGCUAUUUUCCUGCUAGGUGAGCAUUCAUGUGAGAUGUGCGAUGUCAUUUAUAUUAUACAGUUGUGUUGAUUGUAAAAUAUGUUUGCAAAAUAAUGGUAUUAGUGUGUCAAUCGCUAAUUAGUUGCUAUGCUAGGCAGAGUUUGCUAUUCAUUUGUAUAGAUGUGAUAGUUUGAAUCCUGUUAGUUCAUAGCAGAAGGUUAUUUUAAAUGAUAUAGGUGACUAUGUUCCCUGUGUUUGUUUAUAUUACAAUGUGCAUUACAGUAUACUGUUAUAGUGAGCGCUGUAGGCUCGCACAUGGUGUAGGAGAGCCACCUGUGUGUGCCAAGCCUGUCUGCCCAAUCCAUCACUGCAUGACUUUAUGCUGUUUUCCUGCUAGCGAAUUGGAUGUGAGAGACUGUUGCUGUUCCUUGUUGGCUACAGUGGAGGAAGAGGACACCAUCCACCUCCUUGUCAUCAUCAUCGUCACCAUCCUGCCGCUGCUGGAGCAUCCCAGGCACCACAGCACACACUCAUUCCUUCAUACACAGCCCAUACAUACACGUAUAGAGCUCUAUAGACUCUUUAUUUUUGUAUGCUGGCCAGCAAAUGUUAAAUUGUGCUCAGGACAGUCAACAUUGUGUGUAUAUAUAUAUAUAUAGACAUAUAUAUAUAUAUAUAUAUAUAUAGACAUACAUAUAUAUAUAUAUAUAUAUAUAUAUAUAUAUAUAUAUAUAUAGACAUAUAUAGAUAUAGAUAUAUUUCCUUUGUGUGUU